AUGUGGCCGCUGCUGCUGGGCGCGCUGCUGCUGGUCACCGUCUACAAAGUUUACAGGGCACUGUGCUCGGGCAGCGCCCCGAACCCCUUCUCCGAGGACGUCAAGCGGCCUCCCGCUCCCCUGGUGACAGACAAGGAGGCCAGGAAGAAAGUUCUCAAGCAAGCUUUCUCAGUCAGCCGAGUGCCCGAGAAGCUGGAUGCGGUGGUGAUCGGCAGUGGUAUCGGGGGCCUGGCUGUCGCUACGAUUUUGGCCAAAGCUGGCAAGCGAGUUCUGGUGCUGGAACAACAUACCAAGGCCGGGGGCUGCUGUCAUACCUUUGGAAAAAAUGGCCUUGAAUUCGACACAGGGAUCCAUUACAUCGGGCAGAUGGAGGAAGGCAGCGUGGGUCGGUUCAUGUUGGACCAGAUCACGGAGGGGCAGCUGGACUGGGCCUCCCUGGCCUCGCCCUUUGACAUCAUGAUACUAGAAGGGCCCAGUGGCCGAAAGGAGUUCCCCAUGUACAGCGGAAAGGCAGCCUUCGUGCAGGGCCUCAAGGAGAAGUUUCCUCACGAAGAAGCGGCCAUUGACAAGUAUAUGCAGCUCGUUCAGGUGGUCUCCAGGGGAGCCAUCCACGCCAUCUUCCUGAAGCUCCUCCCGCUGCCUGUGGCUCGGCUCCUUUGCAAGGGUGGCCUGCUGACAUGGUUCUCGCCGUUCUUGCGGGCGUCCACCCAGAGCUUGUCUGAGGUCCUGCGGCAGCUGCCGGCCUCCCCUGAGCUCCGGGCUGUGCUCAGCUACAUCUUCCCCACCUACGGCGUGACCCCCAGCCACACCACCUUUGCCAUGCAUGCACUGGUGGUCGACCACUACCAGAAAGGGGCUUUCUACCCCCGAGGAGGCUCCAGCGAAAUUGCCUUCCACACCAUCCCCGUGAUCCAGCGGGCCGGAGGGGCUGUGCUCACAAGGGCCUCCGUGCAGAGUGUGUUGCUGGAUUCCGCCGGGAAGGCCUGUGGUGUCAGCGUGAAGAAGGGCCAAGAGCUGGUGAACAUCUACUGCCCCGUCGUGAUCUCCAGCGCGGGGCUCUUCAAUACCUACCAGCACUUACUGCCGGAGCAGGCCCGCGGCCUGCCAGGUGUGCAGCAGCAGCUGUCCAUGGUGCAGCCCAGCCUGGGCGUGUUCUCCGUUUUCAUCUGCCUGCGAGGCUCCCAGCAGGAGCUGGCGCUCAACUCCACCAACUACUAUGUUUACUUUGACACCGACAUGGACAAGGCGAUGCACCUCUACUACUCCAAGCCCAGGGACAAGGCAGCGGAGCACAUCCCCUUAUUCUUCAUUGCUUCCCCAUCCACCAAGGACCCGACAUGGGAGGCCCGCCACCCAGACCGCUCCACCAUGAUCGUGCUGUUCCCUGCCGCCUACAAGUGGUUUGAGGAGUGGCAGGGGGAGUCCCCGGACAAACGCAGCAGCGGCUAUGAGACCCUCAAGCACUCCUUUGUGGAAGCCGCUAUGGCCAGCGUCUUGAAGCUGUUCCCCCAGCUGGAGGGGAAGGUGGACAGUGUGGAAGGAGGAUCCCCGCUGACCAAUCAGUUCUAUCUGGCCGCUCCCCAAGGGGCCUGCUAUGGGGCCGACCACGACCUGGGCCGCCUGCACCCUCACACGAUGGCCUCCCUGAGGGCUCAAAGCCCCAUCCCCAACCUCUACCUGACAGGUCAGGACAUCUUCACCUGUGGGCUGAUGGGGGCCCUGCAGGGCGCCGUGCUGUGCAGCUGCGCCAUCCUGAAGCGCAAUGUGUAUGCAGACCUGCAGAAGCUCGGCUCGAGGGUCCAGGCCCAGAGGAAGAGCCAGUAGUUUCCCUUGGGCCGAGGCAGAGGGCCUGGCCCCCCGGCCGGGACACAUUCCUGGCCCCAUUGCCCCGCAGUAGCUCCGUGUCUAUGAUUUAAAGCACAUGUCUGAUUUCUGAACAGAGUUCCAACACCCUGACCGAGUGCAGGUUACAGGUUGGGAAAGGUGAGUUUUGCUGGGGCAGAUCAUUUGGUGUCACUUCAAUAGUUAGUUGCUUACUCCCCCUGCUGACAGCACGGGCCACACUGAUGCCCGUGCCUCACUCUGGUGGUGGGUGCUCCUGAAAUGCUGCCUCAGGCAGCAGGUCCAGGUCUGACUGGGCUGCAGGACUUCCACACUGCUCUGUAGAAAAGCACCAGCCGAUGCUAUCAGGGUGAGCGUUAAGACUGCUAACCAUAAGGUCUGAGGUUCAAACCCACCAGCUGCUCCAAGUGAUAAAGAUGAGGCUUUCUGCUCUAACUCAUUAAAGAUUUACAGCUUCAGAACCCCUCUGUGGGGUUGCUGUGAGUUGAAAUUCACUCUAGCAGGAGGGCUGGUGUUAGGUUUUAAAGUCCUGGGCAUGGCUUUGGCACUGUGUUGUUUUACUGACCCUUGACACUCUCAGGCCCAGGAAAUGCCCACAGCAGGUAUGUGCUUCCAACAGUAAAACUUAAGGCGAAUGCUAGAACCUGCAGUCAAGUCCUCCACUGGUCUUUUUGAUGGAGGUGGCCACUGGUGCCAGCCCGAGCCUCAGGGUUUAUCCUCCAAAGUAUUGGGGAAGGAAGCUACGAGUGGGCGCAGGGCUGGGCAGAUGCCUUCACUGGGGGAGGAGCAGAUUGAAAGGGUUUCCAGGCCAAGGGUGCUCGCAGCAGGUGACAGAGCUAAUAGUGCUGGGACGGCCAGCCCCACUGCCUUGGAGACCUGGGCUUGGCGGGAUGGAGAGGCAGGAAAUGAAGGCUUAAGUUAAAAAAAAAAAAAUCUCUUAAACUGAAGCACCAAAGAUCUCAUUUUACUAAACUUUAAUGUACUGCUAAUAAAGUUAAUGAUUUAUCGCA